ACGGAGACAGCUGAUUGGCUGCUGACUCUGCAGCAGCGCGAGCGCAGGUGCCAGACUAGGUCAGUCUUUGUGGCAGAGACCGAGUCCCGGUCCUCAGUCUCUGCUCAGGUAUGAGCCACCAGCCCCGGGUCUGACACAGCCAGGACACAACCCAGGACCAGCGGAGGACAGGUGGGGAGGGUUCACGUGCGUUUGUUUUCCCGCGUCGCGUGCAGCUGUUGUGGAUGAGUCUGAGCCGGAGCGUGCACGAUGCUGAGCGCGUUUAAGAUGGAGGGACACGAGCAUCCGGACUGGAGCAGCGGCGGCGGGUACUACGGAGAGACCGAGUGUUACACAAACAUGAACAUGAGCAGCUACAUGAACGCGCCUGGCAUGACGGGCUCGGGCCACAUGAACGCGCCUUACGUGAACCCGGUCGGGGUCAGCAGCCACUCCUCGGUGCCCGGCGGGAUGUCGCAGAGCCCCGGGGCCGGGGCCGGGAUGACUCCGGGCCUGGGCGCCAUCAGCCCGCCUCCGCCGCCGCCGCCGCCGUACGGGACCGUGCCGGUGAUGAGCCCGGUGUACGGUCAGCCCUGCGGCAUCAAACCCAAACCGUACCGGCGCAGCUACACGCACGCCAAGCCGCCGUACUCCUACAUCUCCCUGAUCACCAUGGCGAUCCAGCAGUCCGGGACCAAGAUGCUGACUCUAAACGAGAUCUACCAGUGGAUCAUGGAUCUGUUCCCGUUUUACCGGCAGAACCAGCAGCGGUGGCAGAACUCCAUCCGGCACUCGCUCUCCUUUAACGACUGCUUCAUCAAGGUCCCGCGCUCACCGGACAAACCGGGGAAAGGCUCCUUCUGGGCCCUGCACCCGGACUCGGGGAACAUGUUUGAGAACGGCUGCUACCUGCGGCGGCAGAAGCGCUUCAAGUGCGCGGGGAAGAAGCCCGGUACCGGAGAGAAGGAGGCGGCGGGGAAGCCUCCGCGCGGCUCGGAGGGCGGCUCCGGCUCAGACUCCCCGCACUCCUCCUCCUCCUCCUCCUCUCCGGCCUCAGAGGUGAAGGGGGCCGGGGUGGACCUGAACCUGAACCUGAAACCACACCUUCAGUCCAGCCCGGUGCGCGUGCCCUCUCCGCUCACGCACACCCAGCACCUGUUCUCCCACCACCACCACCACCCGCUGCUGCUGCACGACCACCUGAAGCCAGACCACUACCCGCACCCGCACCCGCACUACUCCUUCAACCACCCGUUCUCCAUCAACAACCUCAUGUCCGAGCCGCAGCACCACAGGCUCGAGCCCGUGGUGCAGUACGGAGGCUACGGCUGCCCGGUGCCCGCCGGGACCCUGGUGGCCGCCAAAACCGGCCUGGAUCCGGCUCACACCGACACCAACUACUACCACGGCGUGUACGGCAGGCCCAUCAUGAACUCCACAUGAAAGAAAUCUGACUUUUUUUUUUUUCUUUUUUUUUUUUUUUUGGGAGUAAAAAGCGAGAAAAAAAAUUUAUGUUUUUGUCCGAGGCCUGAAGAUCUGUUUUCCCACAAUCCACCAGUCAUUUGUGUGUUUAUAUGUGUAACAGAUAAAAAUCUUUAUAUGGAAAACUUCAUGUUUUUAUUGGUUUUAUUUAAUUUGUCCCAGUUUUCCUCUAAACCUGGACUCAGUGUAGUCUGUUGGUUAAAAGUAUUUUCUUAAAAUAAAUGUCGUUUUUCUGCAGAAAAUAAAAGUUAUUAAGUGUCUGUAAAGUGUCUGGCUGCCGAAAGAAAGAAAGAAACAAGAAAACAACAAAUAAGCAAUUAAAAAAAACAAUUAGUAAACAAAUAAAUUGAAUAUAAACGAAUGAACAAACAAAUCCAAUUUAAAAAUGACUAAAAAAUCAAGUCAAAUUUUAUAUAAAAUGGUACAUUUUUACAUAAUUGUUUGCAACAGUGGGAAAUGAAAUUAUAACAAAUAAAGUUAAAAUCUACUGAUA